AGGUAAAAGAUUGUCGACUUAGGAUCGAGAAUGUCAGUCUGGAUCAACCUGUCAAUAGACUAGGACAAACUUUUUCUAUUUCAAAUUUAAAUAAGAAAAUUUAUUACCGACGGUGAAAUAGAAUCAAUUAAGUUUUAAAUUUUUUUUUUCAAGCAUAUUGUGUUUUAUUUAAUGAAAUUUUAUUUAUUUUAAUAAAAUUUUAUUAUUUUUUAAUGUUAUAUAAAAAAUAAUUGUUGGUUCGAUUAUCAAGUGAAUGUAAAUUUUUAUCAGUCAAAUUUUUAUGUAACUGAUUUAGUGAAAUAUUAUAUAUUUUAUAUAUAAAUAUAUUGUGAAUUUAAAAAAUAAAAAAAAUUAUAAUUAAUUUAAAUUGUUAACGUGAAAUGACGGUAACUACAAAUUUUUCCAUGAUGAGACCCUGUUUCACUGGAUAUUCUUUUCAAGAUAUCGGAUCGAUACCGGGUCAAGGACGAUAUAAUCAGUUGGGUGGUGUUUUUAUUAAUGGACGACCAUUACCACAUUCAGUACGACUUGAAAUUGUCAAAAUGGCUCGUACUGGUAUUCGACCAUGUAUUAUUUCCAGACACUUGAGAGUAUCACAUGGAUGUGUAUCAAAAAUAUUAAAUCGCUAUCAAGAAACUGGAAGUGUUAGACCAGGUGUUAUUGGUGGUAGUAGACCACGUAUAACAACACCUGAAAUUGAAAAUAAAAUUGAAGAAUAUAAACGUGAAAAUCCAUCAAUAUUUUCAUAUGAAGUUAGAGAUAGAUUAGUGAGAGAUGGUAUAUGUGAUCGUAGUACAGUACCAAGUACAUCAGCAUUAUCAAGGCUAUUAAAAGAACGACAUGCUGAAGAGGAACAAAAAAUUAUACUACCAGAAAUUAAAGGAAGUUUGUCAGAUUGUGAAAGUGAUUCUGGUUUACCAUUAAAAAGAAAACAACGUCGUAGUAGAACAACAUUUUCAUCAGAACAAAUUGAUGAAUUAGAACGUGCAUUUGAAAGAACACAAUAUCCAGAUAUAUAUGCACGUGAAGAAUUAUCAUCAAGAACAAAAUUAACUGAAGCAAGAAUACAAGUUUGGUUUAGUAAUCGUCGUGCACGUUUAAGAAAACAAUUAUCAUCACAAACAACAACAACAACAACAACAAAUACAAAUAUUAAUAAUCAUAAUAAUCAUAAUAAUAGAACAUAUGUACCAUAUCCACCUUCAUCUGGUGGUUUAACAACAUCAUCAUAUGAAUUACGUCCAUCAUCAGUUGGUGGUCAUGUUGCAACUGCUGUUACAUCUGCUGUUGCUAAUCUUCCAGCAUCAACUCAUUCAGUACAUCAACAAAAUCAUUCACAAAAUGAAUUUUCAUCUAGUCAAGAUUUAUAUGCAAAUUCUCAUCAUGUUCAUCAUCUUGCAACAGCAGCAGCAGCACUUGCUGAAUCAAAUCGUAUGGCAUCAUCAUCAUUGUCACCUGUUUCAUCAAGUUAUGAACUUCCAACAACAAUGCCAUAUUCAUCAACAUCAAUUAUUCCACCAGUAUCAUCAACAAAUCAUCAUAUAUCACCACAUCAUCAAUUAACAUCACCAGUACCAUCAUAUCAACAAACAAAUCAUCAUUCACAACAUCAUCAAUUACCACCAACUCCAAAUUCACUUAUAACAAUGAUGGGACCAAAUUCUGGUAAUUCAAAUUCACCAACUGAUAAUUUAACAUCAAAUGAUUUUACAAUUCCAACUGCAUUGAAUCUUGCUGAUCAGCAUCAUCAUCAACAUCAACAACAUCAUCAUCAACAACAACAACAUCCACAACAACAUCAACAACACCACCAACAACAACAACAACAACAUCAUCAUCAACAAACAGCAAUAACUCAAGAAAGAGAAUCAUCAUCACCAUCAUCAACAUGGAAUUUAUCAACUGUUGGAUUACCACCAAGUCCACCAUGUUCAAUUCAAUCUUUACAUAAUGCUAAUUCAACUGGACAUAGUCAUCAUCAUCCCCAUCCUCAUCCCCAUCAUCAUCAUCAUCAUCAUCAAGCUUUUACCGGACAUCCUUAUUCAUCAAUUGGCUUUCAACAAUCACAAAGAACACCUUCUGCUACACAUCAAGCCUUUCACAGUUGGUAUUAAUAUUUCAAGUAAUUUUAAAUAAAUAUUACAACAAAAAAAAAGCAAUUAGUUUUAAGGUCAAUUAGACUUGUCUUUUGGUGGGGAAUUACAGUCAAUGUUGAAUUUCAUACGAUCGAAAAAUAGCUAAACACUAUAUAGGAUUUAGCUGUGGUGAUUAUUGUAAAAUUUUAUUUCAGCGUUUUAUUAAGUGCGCGUGGCAAAACUGUGCGGUAAUUUUUAUCAACAACUUUUUUCAUCAUUGCAUAUAGUUUUUUUUUUUUUUUUUUUAAUUACGAAAGCCAUUUUACAAAAGUGGGGGCUCAACAUCGAGUAAAGUUUCAUGCUGAUAUGGUAAAUUUUAUAUUUUCAUUUUAAAGGAAAUUAUUUUAAAUUUUAAUUUCAUUAAUUUGUUUAUUUAUGUGAUGAUUGUAGUUAGAUUUUUUUUUUUUUUUUUCUUAUUAGACCAGACUGAUUCUUUUAAUUGAAAAAAUAGACUAUAAGUUUUGUAGAAAAUAUUUUGUAAUUAAUUUGCAAAGUUGAAAAUGGAGUAUUGCUUUUUUACUUGAAUCAAUGAAAUAAGAGUGUAAAUAUUUAAAAUUAUAUUUACGUUUUAAGAAUAUUUUUAGUUUUUAAGUAUUUUUUAGUUUUAAAUAUAUAUAUUGAUUAAUUUUUUUUUUUUUUUUAAUAUUUAAAAAAUACAAAGUAAAUUGUUAAUUAUAAAUAAGUUGUAAAUUAUCUGAAAAAAAAAAAAAAAGUUAAAUAAAUUAAGUAAAUUAUAUUAAUCAUAAAAAUUGUAUAGGUAUGUAAAAAAAAAAAAAAAAA